UAGUAUUUUACCCAGCAGAGCCAGCUUCUUCUGAAGCCCCGCCUAGACAUGUCGUCACCAUGACGCAGGGCCCCGCCUUCAACUCCCAGAGUGGGCUAGAUACAAAACGUCUGCCCCCAAGCCCCGCCUCCUCGCCGUCAGAAGUAGGGCACGCAGGCCGGAAGUUGCCGUUUUGGAGUUAGGUGACCAAUAGUGGGGUUUAUCGCCUGGCACCCGGUCUCGCGGGCAGUCAGGGCGUCCUGCCAUGAGCUCGUGCCGAGGCCUGCUGUGCGCACGGUGCGCGGGCGCAGUGAGGAACCUCGUGCCCCGCACCCUGCCUGCGCGCUGGGUCUCCUCCCGCCCCUCCGCUCCCGGGGGCCCCGCGGGGUUCAGACCCGAGAAGGUGGCUGUGGUGACCAAGACCACACGGUAUGAGUUCGAGCAACAGCGGUACCUGUAUGCCGAGCUGUCAGAGGACGAACUCAGGGAGCUGGUAAGAGCUCUAACUAGAAUCACUAGUACUAUGGCUGGGAGAUCAGAGCUCUAACUAGAAUCACUAGUACUAUGGCUGGGAGAUCAGAGCUCUAACUAGAAUCACUAGUACUAUGGCUGGGAGAUCAGAGCUCUAACUAGAAUCACUAGUACUAUGGCUGGGAGGUCAGAGCUCUAACUAGAAUCACUAGUACUAUGGCUGGGAGAUCAGAGCUCUAACUAGAAUCAUUAGUACUAUGGCUGGGAGAUCACCGAGCUCUAACUAGAAUCACUAGUACUAUGGCUGGGAGAUCAGAGCUCUAACUAGAAUCACUAGUACUAUGGCUGGGAGAUCACAGAGCUCUAACUAGAAUCACUAGUACUAUGGCUGGGAGAUCAACGAGCUCUAACUAGAAUCACUAAUCACUAGUACUAUGGCUGGGAGAUCACAGAGCUCUAACUAGAAUCACUAGUACUAUGGCUGGGAGAUCACAGAGCGCUAACUAGAAUCACUAAUCACUAGUACUAUGGCUGGGAGAUCACAGAGCUCUAACUAGAAUCACUAGUACUAUGGCUGGGAGAUCACAGAGCUCUAACUAGAAUCACUAGUACUAUGGCUGGGAGAUCACAGAGCUCUAACUAGAAUCACUAGUACUAUGGCUGGGAGAUCAGAGCUCUAACUAGAAUCCCUAGUACUAUGGCUGGGAGAUCAACGAGCUCUAACUAGAAUCACAAAUCACUAGUAAUAUGGCUGGGAGAUCACCGAGCUCUAACUAGAAUCUCUAGUACUAUGGCUGGGAGAUCACCGAGCUCUAACUAGAAUCACUAAUCACUAGUACUAUGGCUGGGAGAUCACCGAGCUCUAACUAGAAUCUCUAGUACUAUGGCUGGGAGAUCACCGAGCUCUAACUAGAAUCACUAAUCACUAGUACUAUGGCUGGGAUAUCAUAGAGCUCUAACUAGAAUCACUAAUCACUAGUACUAUGGCUGGGAGAUCACCGAGCUCUAACUAGAAUCACUAGUACUAUGGCUGGGAGAUCAACGAGCUCUAACUAGAAUCACUAGUACUAUGGCUGGGAGAUCAAUGAGCUCUAACUAGAAUCCCUAGUACUAUGGCAGGGAGAUCAACGAGCUCUAACUAGAAUCACAAAUCACUAGUAAUAUGGCUGGGAGAUCACAGAGCUCUAACUAGAAUCACUAGUACUAUGGCUGGGAGAUCACAGAGCUCUAACUAGAAUCACUAGUACUAUGGCUGGGAGAUCAAUGAGCUCUAACUAGAAUCACUAGUACUAUGGCUGGGAGAUCAAUGAGCUCUAACUAGAAUCACUAAUCACUAGUACUAUGAGAUUACCGAGCUCUAACUAGAAUCACUAGUACUAUGGCUGGGAGAUCACAGAGCUCUAACUAGAAUCACUAGUACUAUGGCUGGGAGAUCACAGAGCUCUAACUAGAAUCACUAGUAUUAUGGCUGGGAGAUCACAGAGCUCUAACUAGAAUCACUAGUACUAUGGCUGGGAGAUCAGAGCUCUAACUAGAAUCACUAGUAUAUGGCUGGGAGAUCACAGAGCUCUAACUAGAAUCACUAGUACUAUGGCUGGGAGAUCACAGAGCUCUAACUAGAAUCACUAGUACUAUGGCUGGGAGAUCAACGAGCUCUAACUAGAAUCAUCACUAGUACUAUGGCUGGGAGAUCACAGAGCUCUAACUAGAAUCACUAGUACUAUGGCUGGGAGAUCAACGAGCUCUAACUAGAAUCACUAGUACUAUGGCUGGGAGAUCACAGAGCUCUAACUAGAAUCACUAGUACUAUGGCUGGGAGAUCACAGAGCUCUAACUAGAAUCACUAGUACUAUGGCUGGGAGAUCACAGAGCUCUAACUAGAAUCACUAGUACUAUGGCUGGGAGAUCAGAGCUCUAACUAGAAUCCCUAGUACUAUGGCUGGGAGAUCAACGAGCUCUAACUAGAAUCACAAAUCACUAGUAAUAUGGCUGGGAGAUCACCGAGCUCUAACUAGAAUCUCUAGUACUAUGGCUGGGAGAUCACCGAGCUCUAACUAGAAUCACUAAUCACUAGUACUAUGGCUGGGAUAUCAUAGAGCUCUAACUAGAAUCACUAAUCACUAGUACUAUGGCUGGGAAAUUACCGAGCUCUAACUAGAAUCACUAAUCACUAGUACUAUGGCUGGGAGAUCACAGAGCUCUAACUAGAAUCACUAAUCACUAGUACUAUGGCUGGGAGAUCACAGAGCUCUAACUAGAAUCACUAGUACUAUGGCUGGGAGAUCACCGAGCUCUAACUAGAAUCACAAAUCACUAGUAAUAUGGCUGGGAGAUCACCGAGCUCUAACUAGAAUCACUAGUACUAUGGCUGGGAGAUCACCGAGCUCUAACUAGAAUCACAAAUCACUAGUAAUAUGGCUGGGAGAUCACCGAGCUCUAACUAGAAUCACUAGUACUAUGGCUUGGAUAUCAUAGAACUCUAACUAGAAUCACUAGUACUAUGGCUGGGAUAUCAUAGAGCUCUAACUAGAAUCACUAAUCACUAGUACUAUGGCUGGGAGAUCACCGAGCUCUAACUAGAAUCACUAGUACUAUGGCUGGGAGAUCACAGAGCUCUAACUAGAAUCACUAGUACUAUGGCUGGGAGAUCACAGAGCUCUAAUUAGAAUCACUAGUACUAUGGCUGGGAGAUUACUGAGCUCUAACUAGAAUCACUAGUACUAUGGCUGGGAGAUCACAGAGCUCUAACUAGAAUCACUAAUCACUAGUACUAUGGCUGGGAAAUUACCGACCUCUGUCUAUAGUCACUAGUACUAUGGUUAGGUAGAUUGCAGAGCUCUAACUAGAAUCACUAGUACUAUUGCUGGGAGAUUACAGAGCUCCAUCUAUAGCCACUAUGGCUAGGAAGAUUAGAGCUCUAUAGUCACUAAUAGCUAGGUUAUGGGUAUUUACAAAGCACUAUCUAUACUCGCUAAUCAUUAUUGUAAUGGUGAUAAAGCACCCAUAAACACUAUAGCAGGGAUAGGCAACCUUCAGCACUCCAUAUGUGGAUUACAUCCCUGAUGAUGCAAAGCAUCGGGGAAAUGUAGUCCACAAUAUCUGGAGUGCCAAAAGUUGUCUUCCUCUGCACUAGAGGCUGGUGAAUUAUAGACUAACUAUUUACACUCUACGCUACAAAGAUAAUAAGGUAUGAUACUCUUUUCACCAGAACCACUUCAGCCAACACUACUGAUUAUCUCUAGUCUUGCGUUGCAUAUGUUAUUGCCACACUUUACAAGUAUAAUGCUUCUCAUAGCAAACGAGACAGGAGCCCCUCCUGCCUUUUUGUUUUAUAGAAGUGCCAAGCUCUCUUGAAAUUGGCACUUUUCCAAAAAAGACAGGAGACAGUCUUGUUAACCCCUAAAGGAGUCUUGUGUCUUUAAAAUCAGAAACCACAGAAUGCAGUAAUAUUACUGAUUUUAAAUGUGUAUAAGUUCACUUUAAUGUUGUAUUGUGCAUUAUUAUUGCAGUGUCUCUUUUCUGUCUGUACUCUACAGCUUGCUUUAAAGGGAUCCAGCUACAAUGGUCUGUUACACCGACACAAUAUCCACUCAGAAAAUGUUGAAAAUAUUGUACAGUGUUUGAGGUAAGAUCCUGUCCUGUAUUCUUUCCUGUUUUGUAAGUGGCAUGAGUUUCUGUAUCGGUUCUGGAAAAGUCCUUAUGUGUCUACUGCUUUAUUCAUGUAUGUUGUCCUCUUUACAAUGGGACGUGUAAGGAAAAAAGCGCCUAAUUUGGUCGUUUUGUUAUUUUAGGAAUGAAGGCAUUGAUGUCCGUGUUGUUAAGAGGAGAGAUUAUGAUGAGGAUACUGUACGAUGGGCUGAUGCUGUUGUUUCAGCAGGAGGUAAAUAUGUCUGCGUUUUUUUUUUUUUUUGGUUUUUGAAAAAAAAAAAUUGCAAUAUGAGGACUACUGUUUUUCAGAAUUGUUUUAAUCUUGUCCAGUAUGAAUUAAUGCCUGUGUCUAUAUAUUAUGUAUAUCUGAGUGAGUGUGCUGGACUUUGUAUGUUGUUUUAAUUGGUCUCAGCGCUUUUAUAAUGUAUGCAUGUUCAGAUGAACGCAGCCCUCUUGUAUGUAAAUAUAUUUGGUAGUCUUGGCAAACUAUAGUGGUCCUUUAAGUUGCUAGGAUAGGACCUGCUAAGAAUGAGGUACAUUGACCUUGUGGUAGGGUUGUUCAAUGUAUGACAUACUGUAGCCAAAUCCCAUUCUUUAUGCUUAAUGGAACACUCUAUAUAAUGUCAGGAAUACAAACCUGUUUUACUAACAUAGUGUUAAACUAACUAUUUAGGUCACUGGCCAACCUCAAAUCGCUCUCAAAGUAUUUACUUACCUUUUCUCUCACGUCGGUCUUGUUGCAACUGGCCCCUCCUCCACGGCUGAGAUCUUCAAUCUUGAUCUCAACCAAUCCAAUUCUUUCCCAUAGGAAAGCAUCGGGAGGCUAUUGUGCAUGCAUGGCACAACGCCGCACUGCACCAAUCAGCAUCUCCUCAUAGGGAUGCAUCAAUUAUGGGGAAUGUUCAAUGUCUCCAUGCAGGGAUGCCGAAUGCCAGUGCUCCACACACUGGACUAGGAAGCAGUUCUAGUGGCUAUUUCAGUGACUGCCACUAGAAGUGUUCCUAGGCAGCCAUGUAAACAUUUUUUUUUUUGUUUAUAUUGAAAUUCCUGCAGGGACACUAUAGACACCAGAACCACCACAUUAAGUUGGAGUGGUUUUGGUAACCUAGUGUCCAUUUAAAUAAGUUGUUAAGAAAGGAAGAAAAAAUCUAUUACAUUUUGUGAGAUUUGAAAUUGAAGUUAGUGUUUAGUGAGUGCGUGUGCUGGAUUUUGCAUGUUCAAUCGGUUGGUUAGAGCAGUAGUAAUGUCACUGCCUUAGUACAGAGACUCUGUUUCAAAUCCCAGUCAGACUACCUCACUAUCUGUGUGUAUGUGUCAGUGCGUAUAUCAAUGUUUGUGUAAGUAUUAAUGUAUGUGGCAGUAUAUGUGCAUACAUCUCGGCAAACCCAACACAGCAUACAAACAAAUCUCUGGAGUCAAAUUCCAAAAUUAUAUACAAACAUACUUUCACUCACACAUCAAUACUAUACACAACUGUACAUCCACAUUUAAAAGCCAACACUACAUCCAAACACACCAAUGCACUCAAAUGCAAACAUUGCAUCCAAACACCCCCCUUUAUUAAAAAGCUAAUAGUCUGUGCAAACACCAACACUACACACGCACACCUGCAUUUAAAAGGCAACACUACUUAAAAACACACCCUGCAUUCAAACACUACACACAAGUACACCGCUGCAUUCCAAUGGUAACUGUACACACAAAUACACUCCUACAUGUGCACAUGCUUAUAUUCAAAAGCACAAACACUGCUCACAAAUACAACCCUGCAAGGAUGGGCAAAUGGUAGCUCUUCAGUUGGCAUAGCAUCAUGAGAGUUGUAUGACAGAUAAGGAUCUAUCUUUUCGCCACUCCUGCGGUGGGGGGGGGGAGGUGGCAAAAAUAAUUAUUGCGCCAGGGCCCUCUCUAGCUCUGCCACGUGUGUGUGUGUGUAUAGAAUAUUUGUUCUCCUCUUAAAUUCUAAAUGCAGAGGCUAUAAUUUGAAAAAUGCUAGCCAGUCGAUAUAAUUUAUGCUCACUGAAACAGCAUAAACAAUCACUGUCAAUCAGUCUUGGCAUAGGCGCUUGUGGUGUCACAGAAACAUGACUUCAUUGCUAUGUCAAAUCAUCUGCUUGAACCUUUCUUCGUGGUUGUAGUUAUUUGUCAGGUUAGUUUUCUUGAAGAAAAUUCAAGGGUUUGUGGAUUAUGUGACUAUAUAUGCUGUUUAUUAAAUCUAAAUGUUUUCAUGAAAUUGGGACACUUGUAUAAAACAUUUCCUUGAGCAGUUGAUGUAAAUUGUAUGAGUAAUGAAAGUUUGCUUUGGAACAUUUCCCAGAAACAUUCUUGGAAAUGUACAAAAUAACAUUUCGGUAGAAUUCCAUGAUUAUCAACGAUGAAUAAAUAAAUUAUAUGAAUUGAAACCAUAUAUUUUAGAGGCAUAAUCAUAAGUCAAAUAGCAUAAAGGGACACUCCACUGCCCAAAUACAAAAUAAAUAAAAAUCAGUUAACUAGAUAAACCCUAAAUGAAAACGUGCAUGCAUUUAAUUUUUUUUUUAAUGAUCUCUAAAAUCAGCUUGCCCAAACUGCAGUUCUCUAGUCUGCUGCUUUUGCAAGUUCUCCCCUUUUAACCACGCCCAGACUUUCUAUGGCUGGCCAAGCACAGACUUCCCAAUACAGCUCACUGCAAAGUCUUUGUAAGUCAGGUGCUUUGGGUAAUUGCUGCAUUGAGCUAAUAAAACCAGGAAGUAACAUUACCUGAUGUCUGCUUGAAAGCCAAGGGGGUGUAACCAGUUUAAAUUAUGAAAGUGUCAAUUUCUAUUGAAAUCUGCACUUUUUGCAAAAUGAAAAAGUGACACUCUUCACACGUAAAUCUUUACGGCAAACUAAAGUGCUUAAUGGGUCUGGAGUGACCCUUUAAGUAUCUUUGCAUAGAUAACCUUAAUGAAAAUAAAUCUCCACUUAUAAAUGAAAACUGACAAAUCCUAGAUUGCAUGGCAACCUAGUUUGGCAAUUCAUUGCCAUGUAGUGGUUAUGGUGCCAAGAGUGCCCUGGCUGCUCCCAGGCUAUGUAGUCAAACCAUUUUUAAACAGUUUGACAAUUAACCUGGGGUCCACCUGGCACUGGUCACAGCCUACAGUUCAGUUGGUAACUUCAGCACAAAGUUUACUUUAGCUCCACUGAGCAAAGCACUGCAGUGUUGGGUGUCUCAUUGGUAGAGUGUCAACUGAUCACUCUGAGCCACUGAACUCCAUGCAGAAAGCCUUGGUGUUGCCUAGAGCAGAUCAGAGGCACCAGGUAGACGCCUGGUAAAUUGUCAAAUUGUUCACAAAUGGUUUGACUACUCUGUGAGGAUGCCAUGAUACACCUGACACCAUAACUACUGUAGCAUUCUGGUGGAACAGUACAAGCAACAGAACUACUACAAAGGAAGGUAUUUGCUCCAUCCAUAGUUUCUACUGGUCCUUGUUACGUGCUGCACUUGAAUUUGCUAAGUUUUGGGGAUAGGGAUGUUGCCUCUCCUGUUUCUGAGUAGUAAUCUGCUUUGAUCAUUUGUCCUCACAGUACAUGGAAAAGUUACAGCAAUUGAUUGGGUGGUUAAUUAUGUACAAUACCUGGACCAACUGACCAAACCUACAUCUCUGCUGGAACCUUUGUACUCCAUUUCAAGCAGGGUUGUAAGUUUGGUCUUUGUUUCUCCCUAGGGGAUGGGACAAUGCUGCUUGCUGCAAGCAAAGUGCUGGACAGGUCCAAGCCAGUAAUUGGAGUUAACACCGAUCCAGAAAGGUAAGGCUCCAUAAUGAAUGGGAACCAAUAAAUUAACUUAUGUUUGGUAAAAAUGCGUAAACACAUAUAAAUGCUAUACCUUUUUUUUUAUUGGUACUAACUUUUCAGCCCAGUCCCCUAUUCAUAAUAACAUGUUUUCUGGUGGUUAAUAAAUUUAGAUAAAUGUAACUUUUUAAGAAUUAGUUGCACUUGCUAGAAAUGCCAACGUAGACAAGUUUAAUUUUAUUAGUAUUGGUACUCUUAAACUAUUGAAUAUUACUUAAAAGUGAAUAUUAUGUUCUUUGAACAUGUAACAAUUUUUGGGUAAGCUGGCUACUUUUAAGGGCAGAAAAAAACAACCAUUUUAGACCAAACCAGCACUUAGUUGCACCAUUCUCCACUCCCUGCUUAGUUUUUAUAUAAAUGUAUUAUACUAUCACUACAAUAACUAACUAAAAUACAAUGGCAAUAAAAGAGCUAGUUUUGUGCUGUGAGGUAGCAGGCCACAGUUCUCUAUAUUAGUGGCCUAUGGGGCAAUAUCACCCUGCCAGCCCUCCCAUGGCAAGUUUAGAGAUUUGUAAAAAGAACAUUCUUUUGUUUUGUUUUUUUCCUCUGCACAAAUUCUCAGUUAUUACAUUUUUUUCUCGAUCACUCUCAGAUCUGAAGGACACCUUUGCCUGCCAGUGCAAUACACACAUGCGUUUCCAGAAGCUCUGCGCAAACUCUCUCGUGGUGAGUUCAGGUAUGAUUUGUCUUACAUGUACAAUGAUGCAAGUUUCAUCUUGCCAUGAUACUAGUUAACCUGGUGGUGAUCCAAGGCAUGGGAUUUAGCUACCAAGCAAUAUAUUUUCAUCUGGUUAGUGUCAAGGUUAAUCUGCGUAUAGUGCUGAGUCUGCAUGCCUGAAGAUUGCUUUCUACUCAUGGAGGCAGGAGUUUGGUGCAUAUGAUUCUGCUUUGCUCUCAAUUGACUCUUUGGCAUUCCACAAAUUAUAGGAUGCCUGCAGAUCUAGGAUGCUGUUGCCUCACUUCGAGAUGCAGCUGUGUUGCUUCUCAUUAAUUCUAAAUCAGUAGUUUUUCCCACUGCAUGUAUAACUGGAGGUAAAAUAAACAUUUCAAAUGGAAAAAUGUUUUUUUUUAAAGAGGCUCUACUACUUUUUGGGGUCUACUGUACUCCCGUACAUGUGCAAGAGAAGUUGGCCUCUGGAGGAUCCAGCAAGAUCUUAGAUCAGGGCUCAGCAAAUCCCAGGUCGCAUGGUGAUUAGGACUUUUGUCAGAACGCCUGGGAUUUGCCGGCCGUUUAGUCCCUGAGGUGGCUGGCUGAAUGUGAGUGAAGGCAGGCUGAUGGCCUGCAUCCACUGUCAGGUAGGGAAGCUGGUGGCUCAUGGAGGGCUGAUGCGGGUAACAAGGAAGCUGUAAUCUCCCUGCUCUGUUCUUUCGCACAUCUCUCCAGUGAUGCUGGGACCCGGAAUAUGCUGUCACUUCAGAUCCUACAUCACUAAGCAGCGCUCUAGGGAGCAGGGAGAUGACAGUAGCCACCCAGGACACCAGGGAAAGCAGAACCACUCCAGCUCUCCCAAAGUAUGGGAAUCUGGGUGGUCACUUUAAAAUGAAAAGAAAUAAAGUAAAAUAGUGUGUGAUUUUUGCAGUGUCAGUUUUUGUCAGUGAUUGUCUGUCACCAAGUGUCAAAUUCAGUGAGUGUGCCUGUCAAUGUGUGUAUGUUUAGGUGACCUGUGCCCUUCCUAUCACAUAGGUAAGGGGUUUUUACUCACUACUUUUCCCCUCGUCGCAGCUGGCCCCGACUCCAUGACUGAGAUAGUUAAGCUUAAUUAUCUCAGCCUAUCAAAUGCUUUCCCAUAGGAAAGCAUUGGGCGGCUAUUGCGCAUGUGUGGCAAAACGCUAUGCUGAGCCAAUUGGCAUAUCCUCAUAGGGUAAUGUUCAGUGGCCCCACGCAGAGCACGUAGAUACUGUGCGGCACUGACCGAUGGUGCAACUCUAGAGGUCAUUUGAGUGACUGUCACUAGAAGUGUUACUAGGCAACGAUGAUAACCCUGCCUUUUCUCUGAAAAGGCAAUCUUUACAUUGAAAUAUGUGCAGGGACAGCCUAUAGACACCAUUAGGCUGUAGUGUCCCUUUUAAGAAUUGUAUUGGACAUUAAACCUGCCUCCUAACUGUUUUGCUGGCUCCUAGAGUCCGAGCAAAUUUGUCAAACCCUGUCUUAGUCUUACACAUGCACAAUAAGGUGGCAUGGCCAUCAAUAAUGGAUUGUGCAAGAUGGUACCUAGUCCUAUCAGCUAUUGCUAAGAACAGCUGAUGUGAAAUAGCAAAAGUUACUGCUGACAACAACUCAGUUACUUUAGCUUCCUUUCUAUAUUGUAUCUUGGAUAUCUUUUUAUUGAUCACUUGCAAUGAGCUUUCUAUAAAUGCUUAUGAAGUAUACAUUUUUUGAUAAAGUUUAAGUAGCAGAGCCUUUUCACGUGCAUAUUUGUUAACAAGACUAAUAGCACAAUUUGCCAAUAUUUUUAUUUUUAAAUUGAUUGAGUUUUCAUAGUUUAACAAAUAAUUGUUUGAACUCCUGGACACUGCUUUAAGGAAACAUUGCUGUAGUGGGUAAGGUUUGCAAAUAUGGGCCUCCAGAUACCAGCCACAGGAUCAAAGUUUGGUUUGCUUUCAUUUUAAUCAAUGGGUUAAACAAUGGGUUAAUCAUCUUUUGGGUCUAUAGCUAUUUUAUUUCCCAGCCCAUGUAUGCUAAUUGAGAUAGAGAUAUAGAGAGAAUUUUUUUAUUUUUUUUAUUUAUUUUUUUAACCCUCCUCACUGGGUAUAGACCUGAUAUUCUAUCAUAUAAUUAGAAAGUGGAAUUUGGUGGGGGGGAUAAAAUCUAAUUGACAUGUAGAAAAAUCUUACCUAGCUUGCAAGUCCCUGUGCGUUUGUUACAUUAUGAGUAUUUUGGAUACUUUUCGUUUAGUUGGCAUUGGAGGCAGCGAAUUCGACUUUACCUUGAAGGGACUGGAAUUAAUCUGACCCCAGUGGAUUUGCAUGAUCAGCAGUUAAGCCUGGAGCAGCAUAGCAAGGCCCAUAACUGCAGUGAACAUCGGCCAGAACAAAGUAAGAUGAAGCUGCAAAUAUAUAUGUGAUUUAAAGGCAUCCUGCAUGAUGAUGGUAUAUUAUAUCUGAGUAGUUAUAUGCUGUGCAUGGCCAAACUGGCUUAUUUUAAUGUUUAGGCCAAAUAACAAAUUUUAGAAAAUAAAAUCAACCAGUGUGUGAAGGGGGUGGUUGUUGUGGUGUGUUUUUUUUUUGUUUUUGUUUUUUUUUUUAUUAUUAAGAUGGCCAGCAUGGUAGGUUAAGAAUUUUGAAUUUCUAGGCAGUGUAAUGUGUACUUUUUAUGAAUAAGAGCCUAAGAAUCUGAAAUGUGCUAGAAUGUGGUUUUUAUUUUAAGUACCAAUAAAUAAAGUGUGUAUGCGGUGGCCAUUUAUGUGCUUUUGUAUGGCUGGCUUUGUUCACUUCUACGCAGAUCUUUACAGUUUUUAAUGUUUCAUGUAAUUUUAGCUUCUGAAAUAACUUCUGGGCCACAUCUUUUGCCAGUAAGAGCACUGAAUGAAGUGUUUAUUGGUGAAUCAUUAUCAUCCAGGUAAGUUUGUUUUUAUUUAGUUGAAAUAUGUGGUGGAUAUUUCAGUUGAUAUAAGUUGGUUUAUUUGCGUUCCAUGCCAAAAAUGUUCGGCAUGAAAAGGAUCAACAAAAUUUGUCAAAUCAGAAGUCUCCAUGUUUUAGUACAUUGGGUUCCUUUUGGAACCCUAAUUCGUCUAUAAAUUGUUCCUGGUAUCUCCUAAUUGAAUACAUAUAUUUUAACUAUAGAUUGUAAGCUCGUUUGAGCAGGGUCCUCUUCCACCUAUUGUUCCUGUAAGUUCUCUUGUAAUUGUCCGAUUUAUAGUUACUCUUCCCCUUAUAAUAUUGUAAAGCGCUACGGAAUCUGGCGCUAUAUAAAUGGUGGUGAUAAUAACAAAAAUUCAUCCCUUAUGUGCGGAUAAUGCCAUCUUGUAGGCACUUUAAUCCGUACAUGGUGGGAAUGCCAAAAUUCUCUCCACUGUAAUCACAUGUGAAUUAAUUGCUACUCUAGUUAAAUAACUGCAUACCUCAGGAACCCAAAAAGUAUUUAAUAAUUUAUUUGUAACAUUCUAUUUUAUGGUAAAGCAUUAGUCAUCCACUCCUUAAUAGCUGCUAGAGUCUUGUAGCCUCAGAUUGGAAAAGCCCAAAAUGCCAAAAUCUGGAGGAAUUUAUGACAGAAUGUAACUCCUUACCAACUGCAAAAAAUAUGCCACCACACACUAGCCUCUAUCAAAAAAAAUUGUAAAUAACAUUUGGGGACUGUGGAACUGAGUGAAGUGGUUUUUGGUGUAUCGGUCAUGCUUCUGCAUUUCACUGUUUAAUUCUCUGCUACUUAGAAGCAAUAUGCCUGAUAGGGAUGUGCCGAAAUUUUCGGCCAUCUGCGCGCAUGCGCAUUAGGUCUCUCCCAGCUGACGUCGGCAGGGAAAGCGCCUGAACCAGUGCCAAGUAACCCUGAGUGUUUCCUGCAUGUUAACCACAUUCAGGGAAAUCGAGAGGCAGCUGUUUAAAUCUACUCUGAUCCUGAAUCAAUAAGGAAUGCAUUUAUUUUAAUAAUUUUGAGUUUAAAGAUAUUUAGUAAAAUUACACAUCCUUGGUUGCUAUAAAUGUUGUGAAAUUUAAGCAGACUUUGAUUCAUUUAUGUGCUCAACAGUUGGUUUUGUAGAACUGAUGGGUAUACCAGUAUUCAUUCAGUAACCUGAGCAAUGGAAAGAGAGGUAGGGCUAGGAAAGAGUGAUUGAGAAAUUAGGGAAGGGCAGAAAAGAUUAAGUCAACCAAUGGCUUUAUAGUAAUAGUGUGACCAUCUCAAUCUGCAAGGCAUCAAGAUAAACAGAUUUCAAAGUUGGCAUGAUUAACACUUGUAGGAUUGGCCUUUUAGUGUAGUUGUGAAAUUUUUUUUUUAUUUUUUUUUUGACCAUAAACAUACAGUGGUUAAUAACACAUUUCAGCCUCUGAUUCUGGAAGUGUGCAAGUCUCAAUAGUUGCCUUGUCAUACUCCAUAUCUAAAGAUGGAUUUGCAUAUUUGCUAAUUUCCAUGCUGUAUCUAGUGCUUGCUAAUUCAAGUUAUUGAAGGUUUAAUUGUGGAAUAAGCACUACUGGCAUUUAAAUUCAGUUGAUUUUGAAGCCCACAUCAAACCUUGAAUAGGUCCCCUUGACCUUGUUUUGUAUAUGCUUUUAAUUGCCCCACCCUGUGGUACACCCUGUAAUGAAAGAACUAAGUGCAUGUUUUCCCAAUCACUGCAGCAAUAAAGAUUGCUAUAUUGGUAGGGUUUGAUGGUAGACUUGUUUUUUUCACAUAUAUAUGUUGGUAAUUUGGAAAGUGUCAUACUCGUCAGUUGUGCCCAGUGUCACCGUGCCGUCUAAAUGGCACUUUGUGCCUUGCACCCCUGAUAUACACUUAUGUUCUGUCUUAUUCAGGGUGAACUAUAAAUCCUGCAAACCUCGUUUUACCUUCUCGCUCCAUAGGGCUUCCUAUUAUGAGAUUUCAGUUGAUGAUGGUCCCUGGGAAAAACAGAAGAGCUCGGGACUGAAUGUUUGCACUGGAACAGGAUCAAAAGCCUGGUAAAUAUUCAAUUAAUGUUGUGUGCAUAGAACUGAUCAUAAUUACAGGUUCCUCCUUCUGUAAAAAAAAAUCAUGACAGUCCUGAGUCCAUGUAUGCCUGGCUAUGUCUCAAUACCUGGGCAAACUCACAUUUCUUUGAUGUAAUAUAAUGCUUGUUUUUGGAACAUAUAAACAUGUCCUUUUAUGUACUGUUAAGUCAAAAUACUUGGUCACAACCUGGCUAUUGACGCCUAGAUUUUGCUAUUCAGUAUUUAGUACAUACACUCCACCAUUAAAAUGAAUCAGGGUAAUCUUUUAUAGAACCCAGAGACCUAAACUCAAAUUUUCACCUAGCAUUUCCUAACUGAGUAUUGAUAGCCCCACUACAUACAUGCUUACAAACCUUUUAUGCACUUGGAAUAUUCCCUUGUUAAUAGCUUUUCUUUAAACCCCAACCCCCCUCACCCCCUCCCUCCCCCCAAAAAAACCUUCGGGAAGAACACCAUUGUGAACUAAAAUUUUGUUUAAUGUGACAAAAUACUUUGAUAUUACCAAAUGCUUAUAUUUACCUGCUAGGUGAUUUAAUGUCCUAUUUAACCAGGAUGGAUAUAUUUAGCUUUCGCCAGCUUCCAGGUAUAUCUGGUGGUUUAAUUAUUACUUUCGAUUUGCUACCUCUUGGCUAAAAGAAAUAAACUGCAUGUAUGUCUAGGUCAGAAUCUUCUACUCUCAAAAGCUCAUAUAUGCACGUUGACUGCAGAUUAAUGUAUGCUGUCAUGACAAAGUGACAUGGUGGUUCUUCUGUGCAAUUGUAUAGCCGGAAUAUAAUUUUCUGUAAACAAAAUUUGCACUAUAUUCAUGCAUUUCAAACUUAUUUCCACUUUAACGUAACUUUUUACUGUACUGGGUUUCAGAGCUUAGCUCGGAUAGCUAAAGGAAGUUCAUGGUUAGGAGCUUCCAGCUGUCCGGUUUUGGUAGUGGAGGUAGGGAGCAGCAGUCUUAGGCCCCCAGGUAAUCAGAAACAGUUUGGUUACCUACAGUAGGGGGCACAGGGCACUACAAGCCAUAACCACUACAGCAAGAUAUGGUGGUUAUGGUCAUUGUAGUGUUCCUUUUUAAAUUUAUACUAAAUGUACACCUAUCCAAAGCUGUUCCAACCAUCCACAGUGCUUGUAGGUCAGCUUUAUUACAGAAAGUUCUUAAUGCUGUUAAGUGGGAUACCCAAAUAUAAAACUUGGACAGGAUUCUAUUAACUGGAAUAUGUUUUUAUUCAUGUACUUUACACUUUUAAAUUCUGGCAACCUCCAUAAAUGGGUUUCACACCACUAUUUUUUUAAUUUAUAGUUUAAUGAUGUUAACAUAGAUGAUAAAAGAUAAAAAGCAAAUUCGGGAGAUCAGGAUUUAAUAGUGUUGUAAAAAAUGCAUUUAAAUCCGUUGUCUGUUUAUCUUUAAGGUCCUCCUGCUGGUCCUGAUCCCCCGACUCUUCCUAAUUUAACCUACAAACUUUAGUGUGAUCCAAAAAUGUCUGUUUUGGUAUGUGUUUCAGUUUGUCUAGACAGUACAGUGUGUUUAAAUUUUUCAUGGUUUUAAGCCAGAAUUGAUUUUGUCUAAGUAUAAACCCUUCACAUUAUCUAAAUCAAAAUAAUUUCAUAAAUUUUUAACUUUUUUCAAUCUGGGUUUUUGUCUAGAAAUGCAUGGAGCUAAUGUUAUUGUAUUUUGCCAAAUAUGUAAAAAUACGAUCAAUGUACUUUCUAUCUCCUCUAGGUCCUACAACAUAAAUAAGAUUGCUCCACAGUCUGUUGAAGAAGUACUUUGCAUUGGUGAGGAGGACACUUCUGCUUUAUUGCAUAUUUUACAAUGUUUCAUUGUCUUUAGAACUUAAUGUGGUUUUAAAAGAUCACUACCCCUUAAUUCCAAUGGUCACCCAGUCCUGUUUCUCCCAUAGCUAGCAUAGAAACUUGCAAUGAUCUGUACAUUUUCCGAACUUAAUAACAGGAGUAGUUAAUUACCAGAACACUGCCAUACCAUCUCCUCACCUCCCAGGACCAGGGAAACCUUGAUCUUAAAGGAACUGUCCGUUUAAUUUUUUUAGUCCAAGUACCGCCAAUAAAAACAUGCAUAUAGAGCUACGGUGGCAGCUUUCCAGUGCUUCUCAGUGAUCUUUAUUAUAGCUUAUCAAGAAGGAGGGGGAAGGCAGAUGCUUCUAGCCCAGAAUACCUAACUUCUCUGACGUUAACGGAAGCAGAAAACAAUCUCCCUAGCAUUCUAAAUGAACGUUGGUGGAAUGUUUCUGUCCCCAGUUGUAAAAGUGCUUUUAUUGAAAUCAGAACUUUUAUAAACUGUCAAUGACACUCCAGGCACACACAACGCUUCAGUGUUUUUAUUUCUGUCAAUGUGCAUUGCAAGCUAUAGGAAUUGUGAUCUUAACAAAUGUAAAAAUGCAAAAUGGAAGAUUUUCUUUUAAGAUUAGACAGUGCAUUUCUGUAGCUCCAUUUGAUACAUUUUAAAACCGUAUUAUGCUCAUUAUUUGAGAUUUAGGUGUAUAGUUCAUAAGGUUAUUCACUAAAAUAAGAAUUCAGAGUGAAUUUCAAAUUUUAGGCCAAAGCUGCCGAUCUGAAAGCAUAAUUGACUUGCAGAAGCGAAGUUGACUUAUAAACUGUUUAAAAAGAAAAAAAAACACUAGAUACAUACAGUCUACAAUUGGAAGUAAUAUGUUCACUUUAAAACGAUAACAUUUAAGAUCGUUUAUUGAUCUUCCAGGUUAAAGGUGGUGCUUUAAUUUGUCAUAUUUUCUCUGCCCGCAGCUCAAAGCUAUCAACCCUUCCAUUUGGACAGUGAACUUAUUGAGCGAGGUGAGUAUAAAUUCCUGUGACUCUGUUCUCAUUCAAAUGCUGCUCAUAGAUAGCAUUUGAUUGGCACAACUCGACAAUUUACCAUGCGUAUACACUAGACUCACAAUGCUUCACUACAAGGAAGCAUUGGAUUGGCUGAGAUCCAUCUUGAGCCAGGGAUGUGUGUAUGGGUUGAAAGGGAUGUACGAGGGGGAGACACAUCCAAAUAGUGUUGCACUUAGGCAUUAUGAAUACAUGUUUGUUUUCAUAACACUAAAGUGCUCCUUUAAAUCUUAUACAUGAAAUACAUUUCUACUCUAUUUACAUCUUAAGAAAAAUGUGCCACCUCUGCCAAAAUUUAUAAGAGCCCCAUUCUCAUCAAAUUGGUAUGUUGUAGCAUGUUAAUAAAGUGCUAUGGUGUGGGUUUUAAUCUUUGCAGGACUGAAAAGAUUUAAAAAAAAGCCAUUCAGUCUAGGAUUGUUUAGUUUCACUUUGUUCUCCAGUGGGGGAGCACUGGCUACUAGACAUUUCCCCUCCUUAGUGUGUAGUCGGCAAGUGCAGUGUUUGUGGUAGUAAUCACUUGGUUGGAGUGACACUUUAACUUUAUUUUAGUGGAACCUUUUUUUGAGAUAUGGUAUGGGUAUAUGAUGCUGGGCAGUUAAUACAAGGUUUCCGAUAUCUCUCCCGAUUAAACCAUGAUGGUUAUUAAAAAGGGAAGAUGGCACUUUAAUGAGAUGAUGAGCAUGAAUAGUAUAUGUAACUGUGUGCGUAUAUGUACAGUGGGACCUCGGUUUACAAACACCUCGGUUAACAUAAUUUUCGGUUUACAAAUGAGUCCAUUGAAAAUAAUGCCUCGGUUUACACAUUUUUUUUUUUUCCGCAAUACAAAUCAAGUUUCCCCAGGAUGCGUUGCAUCUGGGAGGUUUAUAGCACCGCCCCCUGCAUGCUGGAGCAUGUGAGUAGCACAUGGUGUCAAGUGUGGAGGUGUUGGAGCGGCUUUUGCAUCGAGUUUUGGAGCCAUUCUGGAAAUUGUUUGCAGUUGUUUUGGGACUUUUUGGUGCAUUUCUCAAGCUGUGGAAAGGUAGGGAGUUGAGCUUUGUCAUUUGCAUGCCUAUUAUUGUGUGCUCUGCAUUGUGGGUUGGUUUUCAAGCCAGCUCAUUUUGACUUUUUUUUUGUUUUUUUUUUCUGACCUCCAGAACAGAUUAAUUGGUUUUCAAUGCAUUCCUAUGGAAAACUGCAUUUCGGUUUACAAGUGUUUCGCAGUAAGAAACAUCCCAGAGAACGCAUUAUAUUUGUAAAACCGAGGUCCCACUGUAUGUUUUGGGUUUUAUCCUGGCAUGUAGCGGAAGUAGAUAAGGUAUGUUCUGCUUUUAGGUGCACGAGUAGUCCCUAAAAUAAAAUGUUAUAAAUUGUGCAAUUCUCCUCCCCUUCAUACAUUUAAUAUCAGAUCCAAAUUUGACUCUCCAGUUCUUGCUUUGUCCUGCUUGCAGAGCGGGUGUCUCUGGACUAACCGCUUAGAUGGUGAAGUACACUGGCUGCUAAUUGGAUGGAAUAAGCUGGAUAGUUCACCGGGUGGUGAACUGAAUGGCUCCCAGCUUGGAGCCAGUCAAAAUUACGUAGCAUUUGCAGGAGCUCUGUUAUUAGAUGUUUGUGCACGGAGGAAUUGGGAGGCGGUCCUGGGAGGUACGUCCGUGAUCAUGCAGUCUAGGAUUCUCCGCCCAUCGGCGGAAUGCACACCCAGGUGGCGUUUGCGUUGCAGGGAUUCCUACUGUGCAUGAGCAGUAAGAACAUUGUUUAGAUUUUUACUGCCUAUUAAAGUUGUGAGUAUGUCUGACAGCAAGGGUGCUUGUCAGUACAGACAUACCAUGUCACCAGGCACCCACAAGGUUCUGAGGUCUCUAGUGUGGGGAAUUACUUUGGUUUUUAACCUUAAAGGCUUCUAUCUGUAGAUUUUUCUCCAACAAAUGUUAUUUGUUUGAAGUCUAGUCCUGUUUCUCCAGAUAAGAUAGACAAACCAGACAAAAUUACUCAUUUUGCUCCAAAACUGAAGGGUCUUGUAAAUCUAAACACCUAGCCUGUAACAUGGGCCACGCCUUUGCCUGAUGUUUGUAAAGAGAAGAUAUGUAAUCUGUACUCGGUGGAAGCUUUUGGAAAGGUUAAACAACUUGGUUGAGAAAAAUCUAGCCUAAACUCUUUAAAAUUCUGAAGAAACCGCUGUUAAAUCCGGGGAGUCUACAUCUGUCCAGGACAGAUAUAUCAAGGAUUGUUAUAAGGUGAAAUUUUUUAUUUUAUUUUUUUUUCAGUGGUCUAGAGUCACUAUCUGAUUCUGGUUUCCAGGUGGCGGUAUCGAAUACAUUUAUUAAAGAAUUUAUUAAUGUAAUGGAAGAAGAGAUACUCUGAAGAAAAAAGGGAAAGGCUUCCUGUGCUUCCAUGAUUCUUAGGUCUCAUCAAUAGGGAAUUGAAGAAUCUGCUGGCCAAAUCAUAUUCUCCUUCAAAAAGGCGUUUUAAAAAGGUUCCAAAAAGAGAACAAUUUCAAGGUGUCUACUCAAGACUAUUUGUAGUGCUAAACAAGAAAAGUCCUUCCGUCCUGUCCUGGAUUUAAAGAUUAUGAACAAGUUAAUUCAGUAUCAAAGAUUCCGGAUGGAGACAAUCUUCUGUGUUACACAAAACUAUAUGGCUACUUUAGGCGUAAAGGACAUCUACCUUUGCAUUGGUAUGUCCGUAAGUUUACGGAAAUGCAUGGCAGUUGCCAUCAAAGCAGGAAGAACUAUAGAUUUAUAAUUAAAAGGCCUUCCAUUUGACUUUUCCACAGCUCCAAUAAUUUUUACAGAAAUCCAGAUCUGAUAUUUAAGGUGUGAAGGGGAAUUGCAUAAUUUGUUUUAGAUGCUACUUGUCCACUUAAAGGUAGAACAUGUACAGCCGCUAUACUAAGGAAAAAUUAAUUUACAGUAAGUAAAAUUUAUGGAGUUUUUAGUGCUGCAAAAUUACACACAUGUUACAGAGAACAGUAGGGGUAGAGAUGCUUUUAGUAUUCCACCAUAUGAUUCAGCAUAGUGGUUGUUUACUCUUUAUGUAUAGAAUGUCUGUGCUUAAACAUUGUUUUUGUUUCAGUUACGAAGAAAUACAAUGACUCUCUCGUGUAUAGCCCUGAGGAGCCAAAGAUGUUUUUUAGUAUUCGAGAACCUAUUGCUAAUAGGGUGUUUUCAAGUAGUCGUCAGCGUGGGUUCACUUCUAAGUAAGUGUCAAUCAAGUUAUCUGUAUUUAUGUUCCCAUGGAUGUUUAUACUGUUAGUUUUAUCUGCUCUCAGACUAUAAAAGGCUACUUCCAUUAAGCAUUGAAGGUACAUGAUAACCACUUAAUCUGAUUUUGAUGGCAAUGGCCCUUGGUGCAACUCCCACUCAUUCCAUACAAAAAUGGUCUUUCUCCAAUACCCAGACCCCUCUCGCAGCCACCCCAGUAAUGCAGAAGAUGUAUGUCUGCAUUAUAUGUCCAACUUGGACUGCAACGAUUGGCCACAAGCUAUGGGAACAGUUUUGCCCAGCUUGCAGUCAGUAAUUUGCUGCCUUUGGUUGGGUGAAUUGUAUGUGUUAUUGGGGUGGCUGCAGAGGGACCAAGGUUUGAUAAAAGAAAAUAGGGCUCCCCCUGUAUCUAAACAAUUUUUUUUUUUUUUUUUUUUUUGUCUACACAUUUGGAAGCUGACUGCACUCAAAGCACCUUAACUACUAACUUAACUGUAAUGGUUAUGGUGCUGUAGGUGGCUUAUUACAUAUUCUAGUGCUGGCAUGGAUAUGCUUGGAAAAUCUGUUAUUUUAAUUAGGUAGGAAUGCAUUUGGUGUUAAUUGUUGAUUAUGCUAACGUAGUGUACCUAUAAUCUUAAUUUUAGUAAUGACAUGAGGCGAGUAUUUUGCAUUACUUAAAACUCCAGCAGCAAGUAUUCAUAUAGAGAUAAACCAAUCAAAACUGGGAAACACAGGAUAUACAAGCCUGAGUCUGCCCACAUUCCUCAUCUUUCUUUGAUGCGAAACGAAUAGAUGAACCAUAAAAUCCAUAACAGGAACUCAGAACCAUUGGAACCAAUUUAAACUGUAAAACUGACGGACUCUGAAGCAACGAUCAAACUUGGAAAAUGAGUUUCACCCUGGAAAAAACAAAAGUGAAAGGCAAGAGCCAUGGUGUCGUGUCAACAUAAAUUACAUAUCACAAAUUCAAUAAUAAAACAGUUAUUCAGUAAACAAAGACAGAGAGAAGGGGGGGGGGGGAAUGCUCUCCUCCUGUCAUUAAUAAAAGAAAGAUAAUAGGUACACUACAUUAGCAUAGUCUACAAUUUUACCACAUGACAGGAGGCUUCCUAUUUUACAUUUUUUUUUAAUGCUUGGGAAGAAGAGCAAAAGCAUGAGGAGGACAACUAAAGUAGAAUACCCUGAAGGUAUCUUCCCGUGACCAGUCGGCGGAGUGCAUGAUAUCCGUUAACGCUGCCGGGCUACUUACCGAAUGUGCGCCGAAACAGGACUCCACGCCGGAUAGAGAUAAUAGCCAUCGUACCCAUUUGGCUAAAGUAUGAUUUGUGAGGUUGUACAUAGAAAAUGAGCAACUGUCCCGUCAGAACGACAAAACUGGGCAGUAGACUCAACAUAGAGUAAUAACGUCUUAACCACACAUAGUUGAGGAUCCAAUGGAAAAUAUGGGUAAAAGACAUCGAAGAAUCGGUAUUAGUGCGCCUGGAGAUUGAGAACGAAGCUCCAUUAGGAGUAAAUGUCUUUGGUCGCUUGUGAUAAAGCCUGUGAGUGGACCCCACCCAGGCGGUUGAUAUAGUGGACUGCAGAGAUGUUGUCCAUGCAGAGAAGAAUGCAGCAAUCGGACGUGCUGUGGAUGGCGAAGGAGCCUUCUAUAAGUUCCAAGCAGUUGAUGUGUAAACUGGUCUCCCCGGUUUGCCAGGGUCUACCUGCUGACGAGUCUGCACAGUGUGCUCCCCAACCCCAUAGGCUGGCAUUCGAUUCCACCACUAAAUCCAGUGAUAGACCAAAUAUGGCUUUCCCGUUCCAGGCUUGCAUAUGGAGAAGCCACAAACAGACUUCUGACCGUACUUCGGAAGUGAGAGGGACCUCUUGGUCGUACGAGAUUCCAGAGUGCAGGUAAUGAGCUUUCGGUCUCUGCUUGGCCCAGUAGUGUAGGGGAUUCAGAAUAGAUCGCCUGGAUGGAAGCUAACAGGAGGCCAAUGACUCAAGCAAACAUGCGUAGGCAAACCUGUUCUCCUUCUGAAUGGCUUUGAUUUUCGUGAGAGGCAGUUGUAGAACACAAGUCUUGGAGUCUCUCGAACCCCCGGAACUGGACUACUUGAGUGGGUUCCAACGCCAAUUUUUCUUGGUUGACUAUGAAGUCUAAAGAUUCGAUGACGUUCACUGCAAGGUUCGGCUGAGUCGCAGAAAAUCAGGAAGCCUAGAUCGAUGAGAUCUUAGACGAACCAUAACUGGUAUCAGGAGCUUUGUGAAUCACCAGAAAGCAGAGCUAAGCCCAAAGGGGAGUCAGGUGAACUGGCAUGACCGACCUUUCCAACGGAAUCGUAGAAAUCUGCGACAGGAAGGCUCGACCAGGACCAACAAGACUCCUUCUAGUAGAAGAUCUUGCGACAGGUGAAUCCCUUCCAUUUUGAAGUGUUGAUAAACUACAAAGGAAUUGAGAUGUCUCAAGUUGAUGACCGGGCAGAAGUCUCCGGUCUUUUUCUGAGCCAGAAAGAUCUUGCUGAAGAAACCGCAUUUGUUUCUAGCGUUCUGCACUGUGCCCUUGGAGAACAGAGUCAGAAUCUUGUUUAUCAUGGCAUCAUGUUCUGCAGAAACCUGAGGUGGAGGGUGAGGUUGGCGUGGAGAAGCAAUGAAGUUGAUUACAUAAGCCCUCUGUAAAAAUCCACACAUCCGUUGAGAUUUUUUUUUCCCAGUGCUGCAAGAAAAGGGACAGCCUGUCUGCAGUGAAAUGAUCUGGUUGGUAAAAUAUACAAAGGGACCCACCUGUUGUAAAUCGUCCUCUGCCUCUGGAGCCUCCGGGUCUGGUCACACCUAUAGAAGAAUGUAGUUCUUGGCGCUGAGGAUGGGUAGAAGGAUGAUGGUGGGUUGAAUCUGGAACUGAAAGACCAGAAGUGGCUGGUGCCCUGCUGUCAACCAGCCUGUCCAAAAACACCUCUUCCUUGAGGGUAUUGAACAAUGACACAUGCUUUUUCACCUCUGCAAUAAAUGAAUUUCCAACCAGGAGGCAGUUGGACCUAGUUCUUUGGGGGCCAUGUUCAUCAACUUGGUGUCGAUGCGCAGGAGGGCAGCGUUUGUAUUACCCAGUAGACAUAUGCACUUCUGGGCCCAUUCUCGGAUCACGCUCGGGUUGAGCUGUGUGCCUUGGGUCAUGGCAAGGUCCACGAAGUACAGGAUCUUGCCCAAUGGACCUAAUGGGUCUAGCAACUUAUCUUGUGUCGCCUUGAGCCCUUUUUCAAUGCCCUUUCAAUGGUCUUGUCCCUUCCUGGACAUGAAAACCACCACUUUUGCCCAACACUGGUGUGAUUGCAAUUUUAUCCAGAAGCGAGGGCCUGGGACAUUCUGCCCACAUGCGAGUCCUUACGACCCAGUCCAGUGGUUUCCAGAACCAGAAGUGAACAAAUCUGGUGAGAUGGGUCGGUUGACUCCACUCAGACAGAGGGGGUCUGAUGGUCCUUGGGUCAACGAGUGGACUGCCAUGGGUGUCAAGGAACAGUCAAUCGCCCUCCGAUGGGAAGGAGUCACCCUUGAAUGAUUCUCUGUGGAGUGAAAGUGGCACAUCCUGCCAUUAGCCCUCUUGCUCAGUCGGAAUCUUCUGCUCUCCAUUCAUGCAGGAUGUCAAGAGACCCUGGUUGGUAAGCCUCCUCCUCAUCGGAGGAUGGCAUUGGGGGAAGUGAUUUGGCUGUUGCCAGGUCCUUUCCCCUUGGGCCAGGGCCCCGUGGUGCCCUUCUUGUGCCACUUAGGCAGGGGUGGGAGGUCCUUUGCUGAAGCCUCUGUGCCCAAUGCAUCUUCCGGCUCUUGAAGCAUGUUAUCUGGAGGUAGUUGUGUCACCAUUUUAGAAAAAAGGCUAUCGGAAGGAGCGUCUGGUAAUACACAAAGGGGGUUAUACCCUUGUAAAUAUGGGGAGGCAUUGAGUCUCUGAAAGCCAAAGGGUCCUUGAGUCCCCAAGUCGGGGAGGUACCAGAAUGGGGGCUCGCCCUAUAAUAUGAGUGGAGAGGUACCGCUAAUGUGGGGAUUUACCCCUGUCCAGUCCCAUGUGGCACAGAAGCCCAGUUUAAGGUAGUCAGAGGGUAUAUGGGGGCUCACCCCUGCACGCAGCUGUUAGACAGUCUGUACUGACAAGCCACAACAAUGUCAUAGUAGCGUUUAUCAAACGUUCACAAGUUUUUGUACACUCUAUUACAAGUAUGGCAGGCCUAUGCAUGUAUCACUGAGCAUUAUAGCAAUGUAAAAGGCAAACACUGCAGUACAUGUGGUAGUAAGCAUAACAAUCACAGCAGUGAGAUUAAGCACCUGAGAAUCGAAUGUUCCUAGGGACAAGCAGGAGUGUGGAGUCCACAAAACUGCAAACCGUCUGAGUCCUGCUAUAGGUAAGGACAGGCAUCAGUAGUACGGCCUGUAACGAUGUCCAAGAUGGCCGCCAUGAAGCUUGCGAUCUCCCGAGAUACAAGAUGGUCACCACAUGUGCGCAGACCCAACGGGAACAUGUUCCGGUGAACAGUAGGUCGCAAGCGUAUCCCCCCCAACCCGGACUGUCCAGAGGAGAGAGUAAAGCGCUGCAACGCCGGUCGUGGCGUGUGGUAGGCAGAAUGACAGGGUUUGCAGGAAAUGGGAGGCCAAAGCCUGAGACCCAGCAACAGACCCCAAACAGAGCAGAGCCAGGUGUGGAGGGAACAGUAACUGGAAAUAAUACCAACAAGACACCACAGAAAUAAAAAAAACAGCUAAAGUAAAAACAAACAGCAGGAGCAAAUACUCUGACCUGUAUCCUGCUGAAACAGCAGCAAAGAAAAAGGAGGAAUGUGGGCGGACUCAGCCUUAUAUAUCCUAUGUUUCUCCGUUUUGAUUUAUCUUUAUAUGAAUACUUGCUGCUGGAGUUUUAAGUAAAGAAAUGAAUGCAAAAUAGGAAGCCUCCUGUCAUGUGGUAAAAUUUAACUAUAAUUCAUUCAUGAAAUUCCUGAAAAGACUUUGGUUACCCAAAAAAAUCCAGACUCUAAUGGCACCAACACAAUUUAUGCUUGUGUUUUGGGUUUUUUCACCUUGGAAAAAGAAAAAAAUAUUUUUGCAGCUUUGUACAUUUGUACAGAAUAGAUGAGUCCUGCUUCUCUAUCACACAGUGUUCCAGGACUGGCCCUGGCUCAUGUAUUCAGCCCCUGAAAGCAGUGUUAGCUGAGCUUCUGGGAAACAGGCUGCUGAUCAAAAAUAUAAGAUGACCUUAAACACAUGGUUUCUAGUAUAUGUGUAGUAGGCUGGCAUUUAUUUUGUUUUAGAAUGCUGUUUCACACCCCUGUGAGCCAGCUUCAGGGAUCACACAAAACUAUUGGCUACAAACUCACAGCAAAGGGUGCAUAGUCUGCCUUCUGGAACAACUUUCUAUACUCAUUAAAUUCCUGCAUUUGGCAUGCACUCACUACAACUUGUGUCUGGUGUAUUAGUAACCCAGCUUUCUGCUGCGGUGACUGGUCUCCUGUAAGGUGCUAACCUGGAUGCAAUCCAUUAUACAUGUGCAAAGUAAUGAUGAAAUAGUAACGCAUGCAUAUAAAAUGAGGUUUGUUUUAAGACCCUUUAAGUAAUGUGAUCCUACUGAAUGCAUUUUUAUUAGAAUGUACUUUAAUGUGUAUUUCACAUCCAUAAAGCCACUUGAAAGUGAUCAUGCGCACAUGUUACAGUUGAAACUUUAUUCUGUAGAUGAGCUUGGGAAUAGUUGAGCAGUGCAACUAAAGGUGACAUUGUGUGGCUUAUGAUGUGUAUUUUCAUGGAAUUAAAGGAAAUAACAGUGUUUGGUUUUUUGUUUGUGUUUUUUUUGCAGAGUCUGUGUGAGAUCACGUUGCUGGGAUGCUUGUAUGGUAGUGGAUGGUGGUACAUCCUUUGAGUUCAAUGAUGGAGCUAUUGUAUCUAUAACAAUGGAUGCUGAAGAUGCUCUCUGUACCGUACAGUUAAAUGAGUGAACUGACACUCAAUGCUAUUGAAGCAGAACUUGAAAAGCGAAUAACAGCUGUGGGAAACUACUAUGCUGCCACAUUUUCUUUUAAUCUCAGGACACUAAAGCACUUAAGAGGGGCAAAGGAUUUAGUAUAUGCAAUAGAUUUGAACAUCACUAAACCUUUUCUAAAAGGUUGUUGAAAUAACUGUUUAAUGUAGUUUCUAUAAACUUUGGUGCACAAGACAUGGUUGAAAAAAGGCAGAAUUUGUGCAUCGACCAUUGCUUGGAGAUAUGCAAAUACAGGGGAACACCAGGGCCUCUAUUAUAAGGAUUUUUUUUUAAGAUUUUUUUUUUUUCAUGGUGUUAUUCUGAAAUCUACUUAACACGGCUUCAUCCACUUGAACCAUUAACUGUAUUUAAGCUGUGAAAGAUUUUUGGGAGUGAUGAAAAUGGUUGUGGUGGUUAAACAUAUGGAUUUGGAUGAAAAUGUAUUCGGUUAUUGGUAGCUGUCUGCUUUAGAGCCAAGCAGGUACCAUUGAUGCCUGCUGUAAGAAUUUAUGAACUUUUGUGAAACAAUUUGUAAAAUAAAUAACAUUUUUAUUGUUUCUGCUUCAUAUGCUUUUUUUGAUAGGGGUAUUUUCUACCAAACUAUUUUUAAAUUUUCAGUUGGUCAAUUGUGAGUUUCUUUUGUAAAUCUUAAACUUGGUUAGGAUCCAUGUUUGAUCUUGAAUUAAAACUGCCAUUAAUAGAUCUGUUAACUUUCUUACAGAUGGUAUACUGCUUCACCUAAAUUAUUGAUUUUGCAUUUGCUUAUGUUAUGAAAUAAAACACUUCUGUUAUUCAACAUUAUCUGUUUAUCGAUCACUAACACGUUACUAUAACCCAGUAGUAGGGUUGAGUAAAAGGGUUACUCCAGCCAUACGCACCAUUACAGGCCGCUGUAGUAAAUAUUAAGAGCGCCAAAAAUCGUUGAACUAACAGACAAGUAUUUGCAAGAAGACAAGUUGGAGGCACACUAGCAGAGUGAGGGCCCUGCUGUUUUACCCCCAUCAUUUGGAUACCAGCUGGGCACCAGUUCUCUGCUGUAGGCCAAUAUUUUGCUUGAGAAGCGGAAUGGCGAUCAUCCACUGAGAGCAUCAGCUGACUGUCAGCAAAGGUGUUAGAUUCCAUAUGUGCAGCGUUUUUUUAGAGUGAAAUGCUGCACAGGCUCUGUG